AUGGAGUUGAUCAUCAAGGUGAUCGAUCAGAAUGACAACCGGCCCCAGUUCACCAAGGAUGUCUUCCGCGGAGCAGUAUCAGAAGGAGCCACACCAGGGACCACCGUGAUGCAGGUCUUGGCCACUGAUGCAGACGACGCUGUGGACUCCUACAACGAAGUGGUCUCCUAUUCCAUCAUCAGCCAAGACCCUCCCCACCCCCACCCCCAAAUGUUCGCCAUCAGCAGGGAUACAGGCAUAAUAAGCGUGGUCGCAUCGGGACUGGACAGAGAGAAAUUCUCCACAUACACGCUGAUCCUUCAAGCUGCAGACAUGCAGGGACAAGGCUUAACUACUACAGGGACAGCCGUGAUCACUGUUGCUGACGCAAAGGACAACCCGCCGAUUUUUGACCCAUCCACGGACUCUGCUGGCAAGGACCACUCGGCCAGAGUGGUCCUGAGAAGGCGGCACCACCAGCACCACUCUCAUGCGGAGCCCUACGAGCUGGGUCCAGGACAGGUGCUGACCUUCCCGGAGUCUCGCCCUGGACUGAAGCGGCAGAAGAGGGACUGGGUCAUUCCCCCAAUUAAUUGUCCGGAGAAUGAGAAGGGUUCCUUCCCCAAGAAGCUGGGGCAGAUCAAAUCCAACAAGGACAAGAAUCACAAUGUUUUCUACAGCAUCACUGGGCAAGGAGCAGACGCCCCCCCUGUGGGCACCUUUAUUGUGGAAAGAGAGACUGGCUGGCUGGAGGUGACCCGCCCUCUGGACAGAGAGGCCAUCAGCCAAUACACUCUCUUCUCCCAUGCAGUGAAUGAGAAUGGACAGCCUGUGGAGGACCCCAUGGAGUUGAUCAUCAAGGUGAUCGAUCAGAAUGACAACCGGCCCGUGUUCACUGAGGCCGUCUUCCGCGGAGCAGUGCCAGAAGGAGCCACGCCAGGGACCACCGUGAUGAAGGUCUCGGCCACUGAUGCAGACGACGCUGUGAACACCUACAACGGGGUGGUCGCCUAUUCCAUCAUCAGCCAAGACCCUCCCCACCCCCACCCCCAAAUGUUCGCCAUCAACAGGGAUACAGGCAUGAUCAGCGUGGUCGUAGCAGGGCUGGACAGAGAGAAAAUCCCCAAUUACAUGCUGACCCUCCAAGCUGCAGACAUGCAGGGAGAGGGUUUAGCCACGACAGGGAAAGCCGUGAUCACGGUUGCUGACACCAACGACAACCCGCCGAUUUUUGAACCAUCCACGGGCCUGGACUGUGAGUAA